AUGUUGACUGAUCAGCAAUUUCAAGAGUGCCUCGCUGAGUUGAAGGUGCCCAGAGUCGACAGCUGGGAGCUCUUCCUGGAUCACCACGGCUUCAAGGUCUACCGCAAGGCCUUGCCCAACACUGCCCUCUACGAAUAUAAGGCCCUUGGCCACUAUCCCGAUGUCCCUGCCAAGCUCCUCGCCGACGUCUUCACCGAUCUGGAGUACCGUAUGACCUGGGACAAGAACAUGGUUGGUUUCAAGAAGCUCGACCACGGCGUCAUCCACUACACCACAAAGUUCCCUUGGCCAUUGUCACCCCGUGAGUACUUUUACGAGCAGACGACCCAUGAGCCCAAGCCGAACCAUUUCUGCGUCAGCUCGCAGACUGUCGGCAAGACCAGGGCUACCGAUGGAACCCUCCAAAACUUUUACAGCUCCAACAACUACAAGUCCAUGGUCACGCUUGUUCCAUCAUCGUCAUACUCUACACCAUCGUCUGGUGGUGCGUCUUCGCUCCUGGCUGUGCCUGGCCUUUCCGGUGCAGCUGCGUCGUCCAUCUCCUUGCCUACGCCUGGAUCAGAAUCGGACAGCAAGGUCUUCAAGCUUCCCCCUCCCAACAAGUCUGUGCGUGUAGAAGAAUAUCGUCAGGAUGUGGUCAUGAUCCCCUCCGAGGACGACAAGGGAUGCUAUGUUUGGUUUGGCUACUUUGAUGAUCCCAAGGGCCAUAUCCCAUCGUCCAUUGUCAACUGGGCCACCAAGUCCGGCAUCCCAGGCUUCUUGAAGGGGAUUCAGGAUGCGUGCCUCAGGAGAGCAGCAACUGCUGGACCCGUCCGGGACAGACCCGCCACACCCGACAGUGGAAUUGAGGCGUAA